CAAAUUCGCAGCCAGAUCCACCUUAUAUUGACUUCAUGAGUGUACCUUUUUCCACAUCCCACUACCAUUUUGUUUCUACCUCAAAUUUUCCGAAUCUCUACCAUCCACCACCAUCGCCGCCGCCGCCUACGCCACCAAUGGGGAAAGGCGGAUCACUCUCUGAUGGGGUGGUGAAAAAAAUUAUCCUUUCCUACACUUACGUAGCCACAUGGAUCUUCCUCUCAUUCACAGUAAUAGUCUACAACAAGUACAUCUUAGAUCGAAAGCUCUACAACUGGCCUUUCCCCAUCUCCCUCACCAUGAUUCACAUGGCCUUUUGCUCUUCCUUGGCCAUUAUUGCCGUCCGAGUUUUCAAACUCGUCGAACCCGCCGCCCUCUCGCGGCGCGUGUACCUCACAUCCGUCGUGCCCAUCGGUGCCCUUUACUCCCUCUCCCUCUGGCUCUCCAACUCCGCAUACAUCUACCUAUCCGUCUCCUUUAUCCAGAUGCUCAAAGCCCUGAUGCCCGUUGCUGUGUACUCAAUAGGCAUCCUCUUCAAAAAGGAUAGCUUCAAGAGCAACACCAUGUUAAACAUGCUCGCAAUUUCAAUCGGCGUCGCAAUUGCUGCCUAUGGAGAAGCUAAGUACGAUUCCUGGGGUGUUUUUCUCCAAUUGGGUGCAGUUGUUUUCGAGGCCACAAGAUUGGUCAUGAUUCAGAUUCUAUUGACUUCCAAGGGUAUUAAUUUAAACCCCAUUACUUCUCUAUACUACGUUGCACCCAGUUGCUUUGCCUUUCUCUCCAUUCCCUGGAUUUUCGUCGAGUACCCAAAACUGAAGCAGAAUUCGGGUUUUCAUUUCGACUUCGUCAUUUUUGGAACAAAUUCCAUAUGCGCUUUCGCUUUGAACUUGGCCGUGUUCUUGCUCGUCGGAAAAACUUCUGCUUUGACCAUGAAUGUCGCCGGUGUGGUUAAGGAUUGGCUGCUUAUCGCUUUUUCAUGGUCUGUGAUUAAGGAUACAGUGACUCCGGUGAACUUAAUCGGGUACGGGUUGGCAUUUUUGGGCGUUGCAUACUACAACCAUUUGAAAUUGCAGGCGUUGAAGGCCAAGGAGGCGCAGAAGAAGGCACAGUCAGCCGAUGAAGAGGCUGGAAAAUUGCUGCAGGAAAGAGAAGGGGAUGGAAAUGGAAAUGGGAGAAAAGGAGAUUCACAGGCCUAAAUUGAAAACAUAUGGGUAUUUGCUAUUUGAGAUUCGCAUUUCUUGCUCACAAUUAUGUUGUUGUACUUUUAUAGAGUAAAAAUCUCAACUUUUUCCAAAUUUUUGCUACUGCACUGGGUAGAGAUUUUUCUUGUCUCUAUUUCUUUUUGUCUUGUUUGUAUAUGAACCUAUUUGGCUUAUAUGAAUCAUUGCCAUCUUUAUGUCUUUCUGUCUAUCAAAGAUAUUGAGAUUGAUUUGGUAUAUGAAUCAUUGCCAUUUUUAGUUGCA